AUGUCUUCUCGGUCUCGGAACGGUUGCAUAGACUGUAAAAGGGCCAAGGUCAAGUGCGAUGAAGUUCACCCGUUUUGCGGGACCUGCAGGCGUCGACGCCGUCAAUGCAGUGGUUACAUUCAACCCAUAAAAUCAUCAAGAUCAGUCAACGGGCCUAGCAGUCCUGCGACACCAACCACUUCCAUCUACCGGCUUACAGAUCAUGCAUCCUCACCAGAUCGCCCACUAAACGAACCUCGACCCUUCGCAGCCACUGAAGUACAUGCUAGAGCGUACAGUUCUGCGUGCGAGCCUUUAGUAAGCCCGCAUUCUCCGAUCGCAUCCAACGGUACCCCGUCGAUAGAUGUUCGCUUAUUCGGGUCUGUACCUACGAUACCGGCUGGUACCAUCAACCCUGCAGACCAAACGUUCAUCGAAAUGUAUUUUUUGCGUCAUCCCAAGGACCUGGUUUUUGGCCCUGAAUUCGUCGAGGAGAUGAACUCGAGUGUCAUGAAACUGUUACAGGAUAGCCCUCUGGCCGUUGGCGAUUCGUUGUCCGCUAUCGGCGAAGCCUAUUGUAAAGAUAGCGCCCUCCCCGUGGUACUUCCUGUUGCAAGCAGAAGGGCUAGGAUCCUCGCACGGCUGCGAAGUAUGGAUAAACAAGGAGUAAGCAUGGAGCUCUUGUUGUCCAUCAUGCUCGGCUUAUGUGCAGUAGAGCUCGUCGAUUCCAGCGCCCAACAGCAGACCAGUAACCUACCGGUUCUUCUCGACAAUUUGUCAAUGAUGUUGCACCACCAUCUGCGUGAAAGAGACGAUCUCAACCAGCUCGCUAAAUAUUUUCUCCGCGCAAUGGCCCGACAAGACAUGCUCUUGUCGUUGACACGAUUGCAUCAGUCCAAGAUCCCAACUUCAUGGUGGUUGGACGAUGAAGCCAAGAUUCACGCCGAUCGUUUCAUGGGUUAUACGGGCACUCUUAUGCCAAUAUUAGCCAGGUUGAGUGAUCUUGCUGCAGAUAUCAGGGCGUCUUGGCUGCAGACUGUCGUCGAGGACAAUACUGUUGGUCCCAUUCCCAAGGCAUACCAUACUGAACCCGAUUUGCAUGAUCGCGCUUCGCAAUUACGAAAUGAAUUGAGCUUAUGGCAUCCUACAGUUGAUCCUACGCUCUCAUUCCAGACUUCUCGCAAAUUUCUCAUGCAUGCAAACAGUUAUCGCGAUGCUUCCCUGCUAUACCUCUAUCGGUUAUUCAGUCCACCAGGUAGCUCAGCAGAAGCCGAUCGAGCCGCCCUGACCAUGGCCUAUGAAGUGAUGUCUCACAUUGCAGAUAGCGAAGAGGAUCUGAAAAUGUCUCUGUGGCCUGUGUUUCUUGCUGCUUGCGAGAUGCGCUCUGAUCCUGAUAGGGUCAGCGCUACACAGGUUCUAGAUUCCAUCUGCAGAAGCCGUAAGACAGUCACAGCUCUUGGAACACGCAGCUUUGUUUUCAACAGGGUUUGGGUAGCCAGGGAUGCUGGCAUCGAUUGGAACUGGAUGGCAUUGAAUCUCAAAUACCCUAAUGAAUUGCUUCCGAUUUGA